ACAUAUUUAAGAUAAAUCAAUUGAGUUAGUUCUCCUCGACUUAUCGGGAUCUUUAUUGAGUUCAUUAUAAUAAACAAUUUUGCCCGUUUGUAAACAUGGCUGAUGUUAUUGUUGAAAUUGAACAAGGAAAAUUAUGUGGGCGUAUUGCUAAAGAUUCAAAUGGAAAUGAUUAUAAAAGUUUUCAAGGGAUUCCAUACGCAAAACCACCAAUUGGAAAAUUACGAUUUAAGGAUCCCCAACCACCUGAGCCAUGGACAGAUGAGAUUUUAGAUGCAAAAAAAGAACGAAGUCAUUGUUUUGCACCUGAUUUUCAACCAGGAGUCAAUCCAUCUGGAGCUGAAGAUUGUCUAUUUCUUAAUGUUUUUACAUCAAAGUUACCCAAAGAAACAUCCGAGAAACUACCAGUAAUGGUUUGGAUACAUGGUGGGGGAUUUUAUUUAGGUUCUGGCAAUUCUGAAUUGUUUGGUCCAGAAUAUUUGGUUGCUAAAAAUGUUGUAUUAGUUACUAUUAAUUAUCGUUUAGGAUAUUUAGGUUUUCUUAGUCUGAAGGAUGUAAGUUGCGGUGUAACAGGAAAUGCUGGAUUAAAAGAUCAAACACAAGCUUUACGAUGGGUGCAAAAAAAUAUUUCAGCCUUUGGAGGUGAUCCAAAUAAUGUGACAAUAUUUGGUGUAAGUGCUGGUUCUGCUUCUGUUAGUUAUCAACUUUUAUCACCAUUAUCAAAAGGUUUAUUUCAUAAAGCAAUUUUACAAAGUGGUGUCGCAAUGAGUCCUUGGGCAAGCCAAGCACGCCAUGAUUAUGAUUUGGUAAAAUUGUUGGGCUGUAAAUCUACUGACGAUAAAGAAAUUCUGGAAUUUCUACAAAAUCAGAAAAUCGAAGAUAUUUUGAAAGCUCAAAAAGCUACUGUUCCUGUUGAGAUUCAGCCAUGCGGCGAAAUAUGCGAGAUAUCACCAAACGUAGAACCAAACAUACCAUCUGCAUUUUUACCUGACUCACCAGAAAAUAUCUUACGCGAAGGUCGUUUUAAUGAUGUUCCAAUAAUGAUUGGAGUAACCGAUGCAGAUGGUUUAAUGAUGGAUAUGCAUUUCUUUAUUCGAUUUAAAGAAUACGCCUUUGAAAAUGAUUUACUUGUUCCUCGUGGCUUACAGGAAAAAUUGAAAUCACAGGAAGAAAUUGUGAAAACCGUUAAAAAAAUUAAGGAAUUUUAUAAAAUUACUGACAUUAAAAGUAUGACAGAUUAUUGGACAGAUGUUUUAUUUGCACACCAAAGUCAAGUUUUUGCAACCGAAUUCUCACGGAAAGCAAGUAAUCCAGUUUACAAUUAUUUAUUUAGAAUCAGCGUUGAUGAUUUAAAAUUUAGUUGCAAAAUAUUUAACUGGGAUGUAUAUGAAGGUGCGAAUCAUGGUGAUGAUUUACCAUUUUUGUUUAAAACAGCGGUAGCUCCCUUGGUAACGCCAAAUACACCAGAAGCUGCAGGUGUACAUAUAAUGACGACAUUAUGGACUAAUUUUGCCAAAACUGGUAAUCCAAAUCCAACAACCUCUGAUCCACAUAUAAAUGUGGAAUGGAAACCUUUUACGCCAAGUGAUGAAAAUUAUUUGGAGAUUGAUUUAAAACCACAAUCGAAGAAAAGUUUAUUCAAAGAACGAAUUCAAUUUUGGAAUAAUUUGAAAAUGGUUGACGCUAUUGUUGAAAUCGAUCAAGGGAAAUUAUGUGGACGUAUUGCAAAAGAUGCAAAUGGAAAUGAUUAUAAAAGUUUUCAAGGCAUUCCAUACGCUAAACCUCCAAUUGGAAAACUUCGAUUUAUGGCACCCGAAUCACCCGAACCUUGGAAGGACGCGAUUUUAAAUGCGAAAAAAGAACGUGAUCAUUGUUAUGUACCUAGUUUUCUUCCAGGAGGAAAUACAACAGGCUCUGAAGAUUGUUUAUUUAUAAAUGUUUAUACACCAAGCGUAAAAACUGAAGAAAAAUUACCGGUAAUGGUAUGGAUACAUGGAGGUGGAUUUUUUUUCGGUUCAGGAAAUUCAGAUUUCUAUGGUCCAGAAUAUUUAGUUGCGAAAAAUGUUGUUUUGGUAACUUUUAAUUAUCGUUUAGGUUAUUUAGGUUUCCUCAGUCUAAAAGAUCCAAAAUGUGGUGUCACCGGAAAUGCUGGAUUAAAAGAUCAGACACAAGCUUUACGAUGGGUACAAAAAAAUAUUUCAGCCUUUGGAGGUGAUCCAAAUAAUGUGACAAUCUUUGGUGAAAGUGCUGGUUCAGCUUCUGUUAGUUAUCAUCUUUUAUCUCCAUUGUCGAAAGGUUUAUUUCAUAAAGCAAUUUUACAAAGUGGCGUCGCUUUGAAUCCUUGGGCACUACAAAUUCGUCACGAUUACGAAUUUAUACGAGUGUUAGGCUGUAAUUCUACUGAUGAUCAAGAAAUACUGGAAUUUUUACAUAGUCAAAAUUUAGAAGAUAUUUUGAAUGCUCAAAAAAUUAUUAUUCCAACUGAGGUGUGCGGUGAAGUAUGUCAAGUUUCUCCAUGUAUUGAACCAAACAUUCCAUCAGCUUUUUUACCCGAUUCUCCAGAAAAUAUAUUGCGUGAAGGUCGUUUUAAUGAUGUUCCAAUCAUAAUAGGAGUAAACGAUAAAGAUGGUUUGCUAAUUGACAUGCAUUUCUUUUCUUAUGAUUAUAAAAAGUACGCAUUUGAAAAUAAUUUGCUAAUACCACGCGAUUUGUUUCAAAAAUUCGAAUCAAAAGAAGAAAUCGAAAAAACUAUAAAGCAAAUCAAGCAAUUUUAUAAAAUUAGUGACCUCAAAAGUAUGACAGAUUACUGGACCGAUGUGUUAUUUGCACAUAAAAAUCAAGUUUUCACAAACGAAUACGCACGGAAAUCAAAUAAUCCAGUUUACAAUUAUUUAUUUAAAAUCAGCAUUAAUGAUUUAAAAUUCAGUUGCAAAUUAUUUAAUUGGGAAACUUACGAUGGUGCAAAUCAUUUAGAUGAAAUACCAUAUUUAUUUAAAAUGGAAGCGAUUCCUGCAAUAUUACCAAAUACACCACAAGCUAUUGGCUUACAUAUAAUGACAACAUUAUGGACGAAUUUUGCGAAAACUGGCAAUCCAAAUUCACAAAAACCUGAUCCAUUUAUAACUGACAAAUGGAAAUCAUUUACCAAUGACGAACAAAAUUAUUUGGAGAUUGAUUUAAAGCCACAACUUAAAAAGGGCUUACUCCAGGAAAGGGUACAGUUUUGGGAUGGUUUGUACAAAUAA